CAGCGUCUCCCCCUCUCUUCAUCCUGCUAUAGACCUUCUCGAGGACUUGUAACCAUCGACUGGGUGGAGAAACUGUGCAGUGUGUUUCUAGUCCAGGCAGCUGCGAAUCACGACGUUCCCACUGGAUCAACCAUCUCGCUUCGUUCCCAGGCCCAUGGAUCCCCGUCGUCGCGUCUCUGGUUCCGUCGGUUGAGCCAACGGAUUCUGCCUGGCUCCUCUAUAAUUCAGCCUUAACUAUAGGGCGAUGAGGACUUCCAGCUAUUAUUCCUUUUCUUCGCCGUUGUAAUAUGUCGACCUGCAACCGGUGAGAAAGUACUGACAUCAGUGCUGCUGGCGGAGGAGGGCGAUUCGAGUCCCAUACCAGUGAUAUUCACCAUGAGCGCCAUCGAGGAGCAAGCGCCUGUCGCCAAGACCAAAGUUGCCAGCGCGCAAAUCGUCGAAGAUGCAACCGUCACUGUCAAGGAUGAAGAGAAGCCAGAGAAGACAGCCCGGCCUCCUGCCUCGAAUUACUGGCGAAUACUGUCUUUCCGCUCGAAAAGAGAUGGAUUCGCCCUUUGUGUCAGUUGUCUGUGUGCCAUUGGAGCCGGCACGGCACUUCCUCUCAUGAACAUUGUCUUUGGGGACCUUGUCAAAGAUUUCAAUGGUUAUUUCGUCCCAGACUCCACGGUGACCGAAAGCACAUUCAAAUCAGCUGUCAACAAGAACUCGCUAUAUCUGGUCUAUUUAUUCAUCGGCAGGUUCACCCUGACCUACAUCUCCACGUUCUGUUUCCGCAUUACUGGACUGCGCAUCUCGGCCCGGUUGCGUCUCUCCUACCUCCAGGCGCUCUUCGCGCAGCCCAUCAAGAAGCUCGACGAAGUCUCCUCCGGCACGGUCGCCAACACCAUCACGGCGUCGUCCAACAUGAUCCAGAUCAGCAUCUCGGACAAGCUCCAUUCGCUGUUCAUGGCUCUGGCCUUGAUCAUCACCGCCUACGUGAUUGCCUUUCGGUACUCGGCGCUUCUCACCCUCGUCGCGAGUUCGUCGAUGCUCUUCGUCGUCAUCGUGUACAGCAUAACUUCCCCCAUCCUGCUGAAGAGAAUGGCCCAGGUCGAGAAGACGAAUGCGAAUGCGGCGUCAAUAGCGGGAGAAGUCUUCGGUUCGAUCCGCGCCGUCUUCGCCCUGGGCGCAGAGAAGAGCUUGACAAAGAAGUACUACGCGGCCGUCCAAGAGUCGCAAAAGUAUGGACUGGCCAUGUCCCCCCUGUACGGCACUCAGGUGGCGCCGGGAUUUUUCGCCAUGUACGCCAGCUUUGCGCUGGCCUUCUGGUUCGGAGUCAAGCAAUACCAGGAAGGCCAUAUUAAGAAUAUCGGCACGGUCGUCACGGUAAUCUUCUCUGUCCUGAUCGUCAUGGCUCUGUUGGGAGUCCUCGCGACCCCAAUCAUUGCCAUUACGAAAGCGAUCGGCGCUUCCACCGAGUUCUUUUCCAUGAUCGAUGCUCCAAGAGUCUCGUGCGAGGGCAUGACCGAUCCAGACGUGUCGUCGCACGAUGAUAUCGAGUUCGACAACGUCGACUUUGCGUAUCCCAGUCGUCCCAAGGUCCAGGUCUUGAAGGGAUUCAACACUCGGUUCAGGAAAGGCAAGACAACCGCUCUGGUUGGCCCUUCAGGCUCGGGAAAGAGUACCAUCGUGGCAUUGUUGGAACGAUGGUACGAGCUGGACAGGGAGGAUCCCGACAAGGACGAGGUCCUAUCCGCCACAGAGAAACCCGACAAUGACCAGGAGCGACCGCCCCGAAACCAGGGCCUGAUCUCAAUUGGGGGCCAUGAUAUCAGGGAUACCAACCUGAAGUGGUGGAGGUCACAGAUCGGCCUCGUCCAGCAAGAACCGUUCUUGUUCAACGACACCAUCUUCAAAAACGUCGCGUGCGGACUGAACGGGACGGCGUGGGAAAAGGACGACGAUGCAGCGAAGCAGACACGAGUCGAAAGGGCCUGUCAAGAAGCAUUUGCGGACGAAUUCAUCCGCCAACUGCCAGACGGUUAUCAAACGCGAGUGGGAGAGAGCGGCAUCAAGCUGAGCGGCGGGCAACGGCAACGGCUCGCCAUCGCGCGCAGCAUCAUCCGGGAGCCUUCCAUCUUAAUCCUAGACGAGGCGACGAGUUCGAUCGACGUCCGCGGCGAACGGAUCGUCCAGAAAGCCCUGGACCAGGUGUCCAAGAACCGGACGACGAUCGUGAUCGCGCACCGCCUCUCCACGAUCCGCAAGGCCGACAACAUCAUCGUCAUGCGCGACGGACGCAAGAUGGAGGAGGGCACGCACAACGACCUCCUCGCGAUCCCCGACGGGAUCUACGCAGGCCUCGUGCACGCACAGCAGCUCGAGGCUGAGACGGCACCUCCGACAAACGAGGCCGUCGAGGCCUCUGAAAUGGAACAUCUCGAGAGGCAGGACACGGCCGUCUCGGCCAAUCAAGAUGAAGAGACCAAGACAACUUACAAGAACCGGGGCUUCAUCAUGUCCGUCGGCCGGAUCCUGUACGAACAGCAAGGGUACUGGGUGUUUUAUGUUUUGAUUGUGCUUGCGGCGAUGGGAGCGGGCUCCGCGUUCUCGCUUCAAAGCUACAUUUUUGCUCAACUAAUUCAAGUCUUCACCUUCACGGGUCACAAGUUGAAGGAAAGAGGGGACUUUUGGUCCCUGAUGUUCUUCAUUCUCGCCCUGGGGAUGGCGGUGGCCUACUUCAUCCUGGGGUUCCUCUCCAACCAUGUCUCCGUGCUCGUCUCGUCCGUCUAUCGGCGCGAACACUUUGUGAAUCUCCUCCGGAAUCCCAUCUCAUUCUUCGACGCCGAAGGCAACGCCUCGGGCUCGCUGAUGGGCCGGUUGGCGACGGACUUUAGACUGCUCAGCGAAUUGCUCGGCCUGAACGGCGUGUUCCCACUGAUCUCCUUUUUCAACAUGGCCGGCUGCGUCAUAAUCUCCUUCUACUUUGGGUGGAAGUUGACCCUGGUGACCUUCUUCUCCGCCAUGCCCGUUGUCCUCGUCGCCGCCUUUGUCCGCAUCAAAUACGAGAUCCAAUUCGAGGAGUGGAACGCAAAAGUCUUUGCCCACAGCUCGCAGUUUGCAACGGAAGCGGUGGGCGCCUUUCGGACGGUCACGUCGUUGACCAUGGAAGACUCCAUCAUCACCAAGUACUCGGAUCUGCUGCAGGAACAGAUUCGAGACGCGACUCGACGAGCGACACACGGCUGUCUUGUCUUUGCGCUCUCGGAUAGCGUCGAGCUCUGCGCCAUGGCUCUGACUUUCUGGUACGGAGGACAGCUUCUGGCCAGGCGCGAGUACAACAUCCUCCAGUUCUUCCUCAUCUACGCGGCCAUCGUGCAGGGCGCGCAGGGAGCCGGCCAAUUCCUGAGUCUGUCCCCUAACAUUGCUCGAGCCACCGCGGCAGCCAAUCGCAUCCUGGGAUCACGAUCCGUUAUUGACGCCGAUGCCAAAUUGGCCGGGGUGGGCGCGCCGCUGCCGCCGAGUGAAAAGAAGACGGGGGCCAAAGUCGAGUUCAAGGACGUCGUCUUCAGAUACCCCACGCGAGACAGCCCGAUCUACCGCAACCUCAACCUGUCGAUCGAAAGCGGGCAGUUCGUGGCCUUUGUCGGCCCGUCGGGAUGUGGCAAGACCACGGUGAUCUCGCUGCUCGAGCGGUUCUACGACCCCGUCGCGGGGACCAUCACCUUCAACGACCGCAACCUGAAGGACAUUGAGAUGCCGUCAUACCGCCGCGCGCUGUCGCUGGUCGCGCAGGAACCGAAGCUCUUCGACGGCACGAUCCGCGAGAACCUGGUCCUGGGCCUCGACGACGAACAGGUCGGGGAUGACGCCAUCGUGCAGGCCUGCAAGGACGCCGAGAUCCACGACUUCAUCGUCUCCCUCCCGGACGGCUUCGGCACACCGCUGGGCAUCAACACGCAGACGUCGCUCAGCGGCGGCCAGAAGCAGCGCCUGUGCCUCGCCCGGGCGCUGCUGCGCAACCCGGCCCUGCUGCUCCUCGACGAGGCCACCUCCAGCCUGGACUCACAGUCCGAGAAGCUCGUGCAGGGCGCCAUCGAGCGGCUGGUGGGCCAGCGCAGCAUGACCGUGAUCGCGGUGGCGCACCGGCUCGCGACGAUUCAAAAGGCCGAUGUCAUUUUCGUGUUUGGCGAGAGCGAGGCCGGCAGAGGCUCGAGGAUCCUGGAGCGCGGCACGCACAAGGAGCUGUUGAGCCGACGCGGGGCGUACUGGCAGAUGUGCCAGGAACAAGCCCUCGAUCGAUAACCCUGGGGAAGCGGGGUUUCCUUUGUGUGCCCCGCCUGACGGUUCGACGGUUCUUCGGUCCUUCAACCAUGAUCGUUGCGAAGCUGCAGUGGUCGGCAGGACCACGCAGGGGUGUAGGGGUAGACCUCAACAAAGGGCCACUCCCCAAAACAUCCGUGUUUCCGGCGCAGGCAAGCGGUGGGGAUUUCAACUUCUCCUCUCAUCACCACCCAACCACGACGACCCGGCUAGGAUGUCGCUGUGCUGUGCCAUAGUAACGGGCACUGGUAUUAGUUGUUCUCCCCUCAUUCACUCGUGCAUUGCAUUGCAUUGUAUGUACCCCGUGUGUGUUGCGUGCGUGGCGUUUACUUUUGCGGGGGAAGCGUGGAGGCGCGGAGAUCUGGUGCCGGCCGCCGCCCCUGCCCCUGUCCCUGUCCCUACCCUGGCUACUGUUCGUUUGCCCAUUCCCGGAUGGACGGGACAUAACGAGGUGGUGAGAAACGGAAAGAUGACGCAUGUGGAAAUAUGGAGGCAUAUGGUGGGUGCAGGGAGAGACCAUUUCGACGCCGAAAAAGAGUUGGAGUUGGGUGUGACAUGACUCGACACGACGAGACACGAUAUCAAAUGAAGCGAGUCAACACAAGACAAGACACGACACGCUACACGCUGGUCUGGAAUGUAUAUAGCUAACAUCCCCCUCCGCUUACACAGACGCUGCGACCGUUAUGGGACGGCGAGAAGUGUGAGAGAACCAAAACAAAAUGAACUCAUCUCCCCCUCAUUGAGAUUA